AGUGAGCGAUCUAGAGAUAAUGUACGAUGGUAUAACACCAAUACGGAUAUUUCCAUCUGGUUCCAUGGAAUGGCUCCCACUUCGGAACUUUGCACUGCAUUGCGACACCAAUCCAACAUACUAUCCUUUUGACACUCAAACCUGCCCGAUCGCCAUCACUGCGUGGAGCUAUACAGAUUCUCUGAUUGAUCUGGCUCCUUCAGCAGAUCCCGUCUUCUCUUUGGACUUUUAUCAUGAGAAUGGCGAAUGGGAAUAUGUACGCUCAUCAAAGAAAACGAAGACCAUAGAGCGUGCUGGACACGAGACCCUGACGGUGACAAUUUCGCCCACAUUUAGACGUCGUCCUCAGUUUUAUGUGAUGAAUACAAUUAUUCCAAUCCUCAUUCUUGGUAUUCUGAACGGAUUCAUUUUCUCGCUUAGUGUUGAUUCAGGCGAAAAAAUGGGAUUUGUUCUCACUGUCCUGCUGGCUUACGCUGUUUAUCUGACUUUGGUGGCUGAUCAUAUCCCAACAACGUCGGAAAGUAUAUCAGUACUCUCUAUCCUUCUGCUGCUAAUCCUAAUGAUGUCGGUCUUUUCCGUCAUUGCUUCGAUCUACGUCAUCCGAUUUCACGGCCGUUCAGAUGACGUACCGAUACCCGAUGCAACACGGAAGGUCAUCCGGAUAAUGGCUUCCGCCUCUUUCUGGAAGGGAUGCUUUCGAUGUAAAAAAAGGACGUCCACGGUUAAGGACGGAAAGAAUGGCGAAAAUAAAGAAGACGUAGACGAUAAACCGACACUGAAUCAGGAAAAGUCGUGGAUUCAAGAAAUACCUGAAUCAGAGGAGGAUUGGAACGAUCUGACAUGGAAGGAAGUGGCAGACAUUAUCGACCAUUUUGGUUUUGUUUGGUAUUUCACUAUAACUGCUAUAAUAAGUGGGUGUUGUAUAAUCUUAAUGUUGUAUGGAUAUGUAAAUGUAGGCACAUAG